CGCUUUCUUUGCUCUCGAGGAUGGGACCGUGUGUCGUCGUGGCUGUGAUGGUCCUGGCGAGGCUUCAUCUGGUGACGGGAUGCCAAUUCUAUCCGGUAGGAGAGUACCUAAAAUUCGUGAGGGUACCCGAAAAUCUGGGCAAAGGAACGGAGAUCCUGUCUUUAGAGGCUCAUCCAAGAAAUCACAUCUCAAUUAUGCCUGUAGACAAGGACGAAGACGCCCGAUUUUUCUCAUACACGGAGACCAACAGGACCCAUGUAUCCUUAGUAUUAGCUCAAUCCUUGGAGGAUCUGGUGGACGCCGAGGCACCUAGAAAUUUGCUCAAGUUCCGCGUGGUCUGCGAUUACUCUGAUGGCGGUGAUUCCCUGGUGACGUCCCACCUGUCAGUGACAGUCUACGUGGAGGACAUAAACGACCAUGCACCGCAAUUUGUCGAUGCACCUUAUCAUGUAACCGUGGACGAGCUAACCCCAGUCGGUGUGACGAUAUUCCGUGGGAUCCACGCGGUCGACGGUGACAAACCCAAUACACCGAACAGCGAUAUCCACUACGCGAUAGUGAAAGGCAACGAGCAGGGUAAAUUUUCACUGGAAUCCGGCCACAGAACCGCUCUUAUACUUCGCAAACCGGUGGACUACGACAACGGCGAUCGAGAGUUCACGCUGGUCAUUGCGGCCACGGAUCGAGGUGUUCCAGCAAAAACUACGAAUACAACUGUGAAGAUUACUAUUGUGGACAAUGACGAUCUCGAUCCGAAGUUCACUCGUGAUGUCUAUAGGGCGAAGAUUUAUGAAUUCUACCCGAUGCCGGAUUACCCCAUCUUCAUGCAGAUCAACUUCACCACACCGAUCCAAGCAACCGAUUGCGACCGCGACAUCAACGUGGCCGUCCGUUACGACAUCAUAUCAGGAAACGAGCGAGGCUUCUUUCACUUGGACCCAAAAAAUGGCACCCUGUACCUAAAACGAGCUAUCGAUCUGGACGCCGAGAGAAAUCUGCCAUCGAACACUUUCAGCUUGCAAAUCCACGCUUCGCAGGUAGACAACCCUUUAAAAACGGCGGUGGCUCGAGUAGAGGUCGAGGUGUUGGACCUGAACGAUAAUCUGCCGGACUUCGAGGUGGACCUCUACAACAUCAGCAUCGUGGAGAAUUUACCGAACGGAUUCAGUGUUCUUCAAGUGAUCGCUCGUGAUCGUGAUCAGGGAGAGAACGGACAGUUCGAUUACGAAUUGCAGGAUCCGUCGGGUGCCUUCUCUGUGGACGCGAAGUCUGGGUGGCUGACGGUGAAGGACCAGUCGGUUCUGGAUAGGGAGAAGAGGGACCAUCUGAGAAUGAAGGUCGUCGCCAUAGAACGAAAACCCAGCGUAGUCCACAAUGCAAACGGUUCCUCCGUGGACGUCGAAGUGACGUUACUAGACGCAAACGACAACAAUCCAAUCUUUGUGCCUGGGAAUCUCUACGAAAUGAUAGCCAAGACCGACUACAAGGUGGGCACCGUGCUAGGACAGGUUCACGCGGUCGACGAGGACCUGGGUCCCAACGGCAUGGUCAGAUACAAGCUCCAGAAACCUGGAAAUUCGUCUACUAGGACUCCACCGUUCACCGUGGACGAAAUCACUGGUAUGAUCACCGUCUCCGAGAGUCCCAUCCUUGAAGGAAGACACGCGAUAUUCGUGGAGGCCGCAGAUCAACCGGCGAACCCCAGUGAAAGGAGAUUCUCCUUGGCUGUUGUCACCGUCGAUGUCUUUAGAUCCGAUGGUCCGGAAUCGUUGGAGCCGGACUUUGUUGGGGCUCCGUACGAAUUUUGGGUGGGUGCCAAUGUUCCUGUUGGCACGAGCGUCGGUCAAAUGCGCCUGAACGACGCUGUGAAGACCAACGAUCUGAUCUAUGAUCUGCUGCACAGCUACGAGGAAGGAGUACCAUUUGCGGUGGAGGAACGUUCGGGAACGAUUACGGUGGUGGACGAGAUCGAACGAUUCGAUAGAUCGACCUUCGAUUUCGAGGCGGUCGUCACAGACGAAAGAGAGCUGAUGUUGAUCACCAACGUGUCUAUCCACGUGGUGGAUCCUAACGACGAGCGUGGAAUCUUCACUAAGGGAACGACCACCGCCCCUCUCGUCUUCCACGCGAAGGAGAACGUUCCUGGCACGUAUAUCGGGCAAGUGCUUCCGCAGAAUGCCACCGGAUCGACCACCACCGGCACCCACUUUUUUAUCGUCAAUCAACAGGAUGUGCCCGAUAUCUCGAUCACGGAGGACGGCUCGCUAUAUGCUCCUCGAGGUCUCGAUAGGGAGACCAAGCAGAAUUACAGCAUCACUGUCAUUGCUGAGAGUCCGAGAGGGGUUGGAGUCUUUCAAGUGACAGUGAUCGUCCUAGACGAAAAUGAUCAUCCACCAGAGUUCACAAUGCCUUUAUACGAAGGCACAAUCCUGGAGAACAGUCCAGCAGGCACAAAAGUGAACCUGUCGAAUCCCAUCGCGGCUACCGACAAAGACGAGGGUGUGAAUCAGAACUUCGUGUUCAGUUUGUACGGCGAGGGUAGCGAGCUUUUCAGAAUUCAUCCGACGACCGGUUUGGUAUACUUCGAGGGAAUCGAUGAUCGUACACUGGACAGAGAGGCGAGAUCAAGCUACAACUUCACGAUCGUCGCUAAAGAUAAUGGAGGUCUCUCCUCAGAAUCAAGGUUAACGAUAACAGUAACCGACGUGAACGACAAUCCUCCCAGCUUCAUACGAAUGAUCGUGCUACCGGACCAGGGUGUUCGCGUCUCAAACGAGCCAGAUAUCGAGUCGCCACAGUUCGAAGGGAACGACGUGCUCGACAUGAUCGAGCCAGCCACCGGAAGUGGCCUUCCAAGCAGUCGUCGUUCUCCUCUUCUUCUCGUCCCGGAGAACGCGACGAUCGGUGCGCCGAUAAUACGACUGCUAGCGGAGGACAAGGACGAGGGCGGGAACGCCGCGAUAACGUACAGUUUGGGGAACGAGACGACUUCCGGUGAGGACGUUAGGCGAAGAUUCGACAAGACCAACCGUCGAUACUUCCAUCUGGAUCCGAGGUCGGCGGAGAUAUCGGUGGCCAGAGGUCUCCCAGCUGAGAGCAAUAUUCGUUUACUGGUGAUGGCUAAGGACCCGGGUGGACUCGCGGAUAAUAUCACUAUUAGAAUCCAUGUGGAGGACGUGAACGACCACCCGCCUAUCUUCGACAAGUCCUGGUACACGUUCGACGUGCCUGAAGGCACCUAUGCAGGCUAUACCCUGGGUACCGUGCAGGCUGUUGAUUCUGACUUCGGAGCUAACGCAAACGUCAGCUAUGAGUUGAUACCAGGCAACGAGGAUUUGGAGGACGGCCGAUCCUUUGAGAUUGCUCCCUAUCAAGGGACCAUCAGAGUCAGCGGCGUCCUCGACAGGGAGACAGCACCAACCCACCGGCUGCUGGUGAUGGCUCGAGACAGCGGCAUGCCGCAGCUGACCUCCACCGUGGAGGUCGAAGUGAACGUUCUGGAUGUGAACGACAAUGCACCUAUGUUCUUCGGGUACGAGGAGGUCGAGAAGGACGAAAAUGGUGACCAGCUGCCAGUUUACCUCGCCUCGGUCUUCGAGAAUAGUCCCAUAGGUAGUCAGGUGAUCAAGGUGCACGCUAACGACACGGACUUCGCAGGAAAUGGCAAUGGUCUGAUCCUGUUUGAUCUGAGUCACCAAGGCCAUCCUGAGAAGCAGUACUUCGCUAUCGAUAGCAAGGAAGGCACCAUCACGACCAUCGGCACCUUGGACUACGAAGUCCAGAAGACUCAUCGGUUGACUGUCACCGCCAGCGAUCUGGGUACUCCUCUCAGUCUGACGUCCACGGCUGUGGUCAUCGUCACGGUACUCAACGUCGACGAUGACGAAGAGGACGCCGAGAACGAGGUACACAAGAGCCCCUCCUUCAGACAUCGGUAUUACGAAGUGGAAAUCGAAGAGAACGUCCCUGUGCCCGUUAUGGUUGCUCAGUUGGAUGUGGCCGAUGGACAACAAGGGGAGCACAUCAGGUACAGCAUCGUCGCCGACGAUACGGAAGCUAGACAGCACUUCUCGAUCGACCCGAAGAACGGCUCGCUGUAUUUGAUGACGGACGUGGACAGAGAGGUGAACGAUCGAUACGAGGCCAAGGUCAGAGUUGACAGGGUGAAGAUUGGUCGCGGGAUGCCUGUGAUGAUCUACCCGGUUGUCGGUGAAAGGCUGAAUGGCCUAGCACCUAACGAGGCCAGGGUCGUUGUCAGGGUGAAGGAUGUGAACGACAAUGCGCCCAGAUUCAAGUCAAAGGGCAGACCCAUCUUAGCUGCGGUACCCACUACUGCACAUUAUGGAUAUGAGGUCGUCAAAGUGGAGGCGGAAGAUCCAGACGAGGGAGCAAACGCCGAGAUUCGUUACCAAAUUCUUGGCCGGGAAGACGCGCCGCGAUUCGCCAUUGACCCACUGAGCGGUCAAGUACGAUCGGUGGCGAGUUUUGGCCGCGAUGCUGGACGAGUUUUCGGCUUCGACGUGAAGGCCACCGACAGACGGGGCGCCGAGAAUGGCCGCAGCAGCAUCGCCAAUGUCUUCGUGUACGUGUUGGAUGAUCAAAAGCAGGUCGUGAUGGUAGUUGGUCGAAGACCCAUGGACAUAGAGCCCCAACUGGAGAACAUCACUGCGGUGUUGCAAAAUGUGACCGGUUUGGAUGUUCGAGUGAGGAAACUGGAACCACACAUUGAAAAGAAUCUGAUUGAUACCACAUCUACCGAUGUUUAUUUGUAUGCCAUUGAUCCUCACUUAAAUGUGAUGAUAGAUAUGGAUACCCUGCACAACGUGUUCAACACAAAGAAAAUGGACAUCAAACGCGAGUUGGACGAGUACGAUGUUCUGGACAUCGCCGGAAGUUCUCCACGUCGGGGUAGCCAACGAUACCUGUUGUCAACCCUCGAAGUGGGUGUGGUGGUACUCGGAUGUGUCGUCUUUGUGGGUGCUCUUGUCACUGCUCUCUGUGUCACGUGUGUUCGUCGAAAUAAACGUCGCAGACGUCGGGAGAAAGCAAUGUUCUCGACCACCAGCCCGAUUGGAUUCGCUUUGGCAGAUCCGGCCGCAACGUUGCAGAAGCCGCCUCUGUUCCCGACCUUCGUGGACGGCCUUCAUUACGACCCUGAACCAUUCUGCACCGACAUGCCGAGGCGACAGAGCAUCUGCGAGCACGGAGCCAACUGUGCUCGCUUCCACGCNAUGGGCGGUUGUAGUAAGCACGCCGGGAGGACGACAGGGACCCCGAAAGGCCUCGAGGCAUCCGCGACGUCCUUGCAUUCCAGCGGUCAGGAUUCUGGGAUCGUGGCGCGCGCCUCCUGCCACUGCAGUCACUCGUCGAGCCCCUCCAGUGGCGAGAGCAGCAAUGGCUACGAGGACUCUUUGAAGUCCCUGCAGCGUCGUGAAAGAGCGAACGAGAUGUCUCGCGGAAGCCACGAGAUUUCAAGCGUGGUCGGCCGGCGGGCGAACCAAGCAACCGCGAGAAGGCGGCAACGCUUUAACUCGUUCUCGAACGGGGAAUCCGUUUACUCCCAGGAGAUGACGUUGCAACGUGAGCAACGUUGUUGUGUCGGCACCGAGAAAAGGCGGAAAAACGAGGGGAUGACGCGCGAGCAUCGUCGCGCGCAUUCCGAAGCGGAAAACAACAUUACCGAGACGGUGAUACACGAGCAUCCUGGCAGCGAGGUUCCGUUGUCGAGUUCCUUGCAAAAUACCUCGAGCCUUCACGGUAUCCGAUCCAGCCAUAUGCUCUAUUAAGCCCGAGACGUUGAGACGUUAAUGAAGGACUUCUUUGAAGAAGCAAGAAGACAGUCCUUCUGGCCAUGAGAUUUUUUCUUCUUGUCUAUAGCAUUCUUGAUACAAGCUGAAGCUCUCUAAAAAAAAGUAAAGCGUCCUGCACGAUGUUUCCGGUGCAACGAAGGAUGAGAUUAAUUCCCUUUGAUCGUUCGUGUUGCAGUACCAGGUCGUAGCCUUCCAUUGUUGAUACUGUUCCUUUUUAUGCAUGUAAAGCGAUAGCUGGAAAGCAGAUCGAUACAUUUACAGCGCUGCUAUUUAUUAUUCUUAUCGUUCUUUGUAACACGAAUCGAUUGUUUUAACCCGUUCGAGCCUAAGACUUAACCUUGGAUGAGAUCAAAUGCAGUCGUAAAAAAAUAAAAAAUUAAUGCUUCAAGGUCUCAUUUGCUUCUUAAUUUAUUUACAUAA